AUGGUCGCCGUCGAUUGGGAUCGUGUAUUAUCAAUAAAUCCACUGUCAUUAAAAGAUGAAGAAAUUGAGGAUCUUUAUCCAAUGGUUGUAGAAUGCGAUGCAGAGGAAAUAAAUAACAUACAUAACCUACAAGUUUUAUUUAAAAUUUCUCAAGAAAUUUUACAAAUUAAAGACAGUCAGAUUGAAUCACUUAUAAUUGAAUGUGAUGAAUUGAGGGAAAAAAAUCUCAUGGAGAAAGAAACUUCUCCUUCAAAACAAAAGUCAGGGAGAAAAUUGGAAGCCACCGAUGAAAGUGGAAUCGAUUCCCAGCGUGAUUCUGGAUAUGAAGAGAAUGUUCAGGAAAUGUUACGCGAGAAGAAUAGUAAAAUUGAAAUUCUCAUGCAAGAACUUGAGAGUUUAGAACAUGACAACACUAUUUUGAAAGAAAACUUAACAUUACUAAAAGAAGAAAUGGAAGAUGCGACAGAAAAAAUGAAUGAAAUGACAGAUGAAUUGACAUCUCUUCAAGACAAUAUAAAUAUUUAUAAAGACAAAUCAGUACAAUUAGAAUUUGAAAAUAAGGCGCUAGUAACACAAAUUGAAGAAUUGUCAUCUCAACAAGUGGAAAGAGAUAAACUUAUCGAUGAUUUUGGUUUAGCUAUUGACGCCAGAAUUAUUGAAUGGAAAAGUAUCCUCGAUGAAAAAGAUGUAGAAAUUGCACAAUUAAAAGAAAAUUUAUCACAAACACGGAUGCAAACGUCGACAACUCAUAAAAAUAAAAAAUCAUCAAAGAUUGAAAGUUUAAGUGAAGAGAUUGAUCAUCGGGAUAAAAUAAUAUUAGAAUUGCAAAGUAAACUUUCUGAAGCUGUGACUGAAAUUAAUGAAAGUUGUUCAGUCAUUGAAAAAUUAAAAACUGAUUCACAAUCAACUGAAGGAUCGAGGAAGAAAAGAGAUCAACGUGAUUUACUAAAAAAAUAUCAAUCAGCAAAUGAAAAAAUUCAAAAUCUUCAAAAAUUAUUGGAAUCUGCUGAAAAUGAUGCUUUAGUAAAGAGCGAAGAACUAUGCGAAGCUCUUGUUACAAUACGUAAAUACCAGGAUCACGACCAAGGUCUAACUGACACGCUAAAUGAAUUAAAAGAAGUCAAAGACCAAUUAAAUUAUAAAAACGAAUACAUUCAAGAUCUCGUGAACGUUAUUAAUAAACUGGAAAUGAUAAAUUCACAUCAGGAAGCGGAAAUUAUUGCCCUAAGAGAAAAGCUUGAUAUGCCAGAAGAAGAAGUAAUUGCAGUUGAUCAUAUUAUCAAAAGAAGACAAGAAGAACGAAAAAAAGUUCAAGAAAGUGAACAUAUCAACAGAGUGUUAAAGGAAGAAAAUUUGGAACUUAAAUCAGAUAUAAGAACAUUAAGGUACAAAUUAAAAAAAUUAUCAACAAAAUUUGUGGGACAAUAUGGUACGUCACUUAAAUCGGAUACAAUUGAUAAUCCAGCAGGAUCAUCGCAAAGUUUACAGAAAUCCGAAGAAGAUUGGUUUACCGAGAGGGAUAAAGAUUUGUUUGCCGAUAAAAUAGAAAUGAAUAAAAUGAAAGAGGAUGUACAAUUUUUCAUUGAUGAAAAUUCAGCGCUUAGAAAAGGAAUGCAUGAAAUAUUGGACAGUAUUCGCAAUCAAGAUGGCAAAAGUUCGGUGCAAAUUCAAUCGGAGACAUUGGAAAGAUUACUUGAAGCUUUGGACAUAAGACAUUUGGCAGGAUGGUAUCAUCCAGCUAUGAGGAUGCAGGAACAAUUAAAUGUUAUCCAGGGAGUUAAUUCCGAGUUGAGAGUACAACUUAGAGAAUUUAGAAAUGAGGCGAAACGUAAAGACAUUAUGUUGCAACAGGCAGGUGUUCAAUCACCCAAAGAAGUAUCAAAAGUCGAAGAUUCAGAAACGGAGAAAGCAAAAGUAAACGUUUCCGAAAUGGAAGAAUUACAGGAAGCAUAUCAAAAUGAAAUCGAAGAAUGGCAAAAACAAACGGAUUUACUCAAACAAGAAAAAUCUGAUCUUAAAGAAACGAUUCUUAAAUUUGAAGUAAAAAUUCAAGAAUACGAGAACAAUUGGAAACUCUUAAAUCUAAGCGAUGAUGAUAUACGCAUUGCACUUGAUGCAAAAAGUAAAGAAUAUGUCGAAAUCACAGGACAACUAUCCCUAGCUAAUAGAAAAUGUCUUAUUCUCGAAGAACAAUUAAGCAGAGAAUCAACAAAAUUAUAUCUAGCUCAAAAAGAAGCAAUAGCUAAAGAAAGCUGUCUACAAAGACAUUUAGUAGACUCCGAGAAACGUUUGAAACUUUUGGAAAAUCAUAUUUCAAUGCUACAAAGUAAUUUAUUAAAUUCAAUAAGUGUUUUACAAUACAAUGAAUUAAAUGAAAAAUAUGUCGAAUGCAAUAUGAAACUUCAUGCAAUGCUUGAAGAUCGUAUGCAACAAAGAGUUAAACAUCAAACAAAAUUAGAGGAAAAAAUACAAAAUUCAGAAAAAAUUGAUGCCGAAUCAUUAAAGUUAAUAGACAAUGAUUCAAGUCAAUUAGCAGAAAUUAAAAUUAAACUUCACGAUGAACAACAACGCGCCGAUCGUUUAUCGCAAUUGUAUGAUAAAUCGCGUAAACAAUUGACACAAAUUGAAGUCGAUUUUAGUCGAGCGACUGCAUUAAAUUCCGAAUUAAGAGAUCAACUUAUACAAUUACAUCAAACACUCACUAAUGAAAUGAAAUUGCAAAAUAUACAACAACCUGACGUUGAUGAAAUAUUAAAUGAUCAUCAAAAACGAAUAAAUAUAUUGCAAAUUGAAAAUAAAAAUCUUAAACAAAUGAAUGAUAUAUCAAAAGAAGAGGCACAAAUGCAAUAUACGAUAAAUUCAUUAAAAACCAUUGAAUUAGAUAGUUUGCGUCAUCAAAUUUUAGAUUUACAAGCAAUUAGUGAGGAUAAGGAAACAAUUGCUAGACUAGGUUUUGAAUUGACAAAUUGCCGUUCAUUGGAAAUGGAAUUGAGAAAAAAGAAAGAUAUGCUGGAUAAUAAUUUAUUGGAAUUAAAUCAAGAAAUUGAAGAAUCAAGAAAGUCAAACGAAGAAAUAAGAAAACAAUUGCAACAGUAUCGUGAACAAUCGAAAAAUCGAUGCCAAUCCUACAUUGAAAUGAUGCGAUUUUUACAACGACAAUACGCUGGUUCAACAUCAUUAACUGCUUUGGAACGAUAUGAGUCAAAUCUAACAAAAUUAAUAACAGAUCGUGAGGAAUGUUAUAAAUUAUCUCAAGAGGCAAAAGAAGAAAAUGAAAAAGUCAAACUUCAACACGAAAUACUUUCUAAUCGUUUGCAAAUAGUUGAACAAUUGAAAGAUAUUUUAGAACAACAAAUUGGAAGUCCAGAUGUACAAAAUUUAAUGCAACGAUUUUCCGAGGAAUCACAACGUUUUCUUAGCGAUUUAAAAUAUAAACGACAAAUUUCUCAUCUUGAAUAUGAAUUGGAAACAGCAAACAAAAAACUUCUAGAAUAUGAAACAACAGUAACAUCAAUGGAAUUUGAAAUGUUAAAUAUGCAAAAAAUUUGGAAAGAAAAAACAAAUCGCGAAAAUAUUGUACAACAAAAGAAUAAUGAAAUUUUGAUUUCACAACAAGAAAUAAUUCCCGAAGAAGAAGUGGAUAUUACUUUUGAAGAGUCGCCAAAAAAAGAUGAAGUGAAAAAUGGAAAUCUAAAAGUAAAUAAAGAAAAUAAAAUAGAAUCUAAAGAAGAUGUUGAAAAGAAAUUAAAAAUAAUUUCUAAUUCGACACAAACGGAAAUAAUUAAUAAACGUUCGAUUGAUGUACAAUGUGAAUUAAAAAUUCAUCAUCAAGAAUCAGAGAGUACAAAAGUAACAAAUGAAUUAAUUCUAGAUGAAAACAAACAAGUGGAUAGAGAUGAUAAUAUUCAUAGUUUUCAUAAGGAACAACUUAACAAAGCACUGGCACUCGCUUCUGAAAGAUCGGCAAUUAUUUCCAAAUAUGAAUCACAAAUCACUGAAUAUCAGGCGAAAAUUAAUUCUCUAACAUUAAAUAUCGAAGAGAAAGAUGUGAAAAUUAUUGAUAGAGAUAAAAUUAUAGAACAAUUGAAAAAUGAAUCUAAUAUUCCAAAUACUUGUAGAUCUGAUAAUGAGGCAUUGAAUUCAACAAUAAAUACUUUACAAAAAUUAAUAAGUCAAAAGGAAGAAACAAUUGCAAGAUAUCAAUUGUUAUUGAAGGAAGAUAGAGAUGAGCAUGGUAAAGUUGCAAGUAUUUUGCAAGAAGAAAUUAAACAUCUUCAGGAAAAAAUUGCAAUUUAUGAAAAAGAGGAUAAUAUUAGACAAGUGAAUGAAAUUCCGGAAAGAGAUGACAAACCAGAGAAAGAAGACUCUGUGAAGGAAAAUUUAACUAAAGACUAUGAUUCAAUAGUUGAUAGUGCAAGACUUAAGGAAAAAAUUUUAAUGCUCGAAGGAGAUUUAAAAGCUGCUAGGGAACUUGGACAACGUUGGCAUCGAUUGGCUGAGGAUAGAUUGAGUCAUAUUGAUGCCAUGAGAACAAGAUUAGAAGAACAACAUAAAACAGAAUUAGAGAGUUAUCGUUUGGAGCUCCAUAAAUGGCAAUGCGAAACAGUUUCAUUAAGAAAAAAAUUCUCAGAAAAUCGUAUGCAAUUAGCAAAAGAGAAUAUUUCCAUGUCUAAAGAUUUACAAGAGAAGGAAAAUCAAAUUCAAGAUUUAAGUGUUACUUGUCAGCAGUUACAGAACGAACUCGAAGUUAUGGAAACAGUGGCAAAUGUUCCACAAGCAAGCAAUUAUGAUGUAAGAGAGGCAAAAAUGUGUGAGACAAUACAUAAUUCUAGUCGGGAGCAAGCUAUUAAUCAAUCACAAACUCAAUUAGAUUGCCUACGUCGUCAAUUGCAGGCUUUGUUGGAUAAGGAAAGAAUAUACAAGAAUCAAAUUGCUGAACUUAAACAACAACAAAGUAGAAGGUACAUGGCGACAAAAACUUUGGAAAAGAAAAAUCUCCAAAGGGAAGUUCAAUUAGAUCGUAAAGUAAAAUCUUUAGAAGAAGAAUUACAAAGAACUAAGGAACAAUUAAAUAGAGAAUCUUUAGUUCACGAAGUAAAAAAAGCGAAGACUGCAGAGGAAUUGGCACUGUGGGAAAAACAAAAAAAAUGGCAACAAUUAGCUGAAAAAUUAAAAGAAAAAUUAAAAGAAAAAACUGAUGAAGUACAAAAAUUACAAAUAAAUCAUGAGAAAUUACGUUCUAUUAUUGCUUGCAUGGAGAGAGAAAAAUAUUAUUUAAGAAGUAAAUUGAAAUUAGAAAAAAGUGGAAUGUCAGCUGGUUUUGAAUUUUCACCAGCAGUUACCACCGUUGAAUCAAAUAUUGUCGAUGAUCUUGAAAAAGAAUGUAAUUAUUUAAAGAACAAAAUUCAAGAACUCAACGAGAAAUUAGAAAACAAUGAAACUGAACAAUUUAAAUGUAUAAUUGAAGAACAAAAAAGACGUUUAUUUGCCUUGGAAACUGUUGCUGCAGGAAAUACUUAUGUGAUAAAUCAAUUGGAAAAAUUGGAAUCAAUAAAACAGACAUUAGAAAAGAAAAAUUUGAGAUUAGAGACAGAAAAUUUUCAACUUCGACUCGAAGUUGAAAAAUUGAAUCUCGAUACUCCUGGUCUUAGAGAAAAAAUCGAACAUUUGGAAAAAUAUGUUGAAAUUUUAAAAGAAGAAAAAAUUUCUGACUCCAUGCCUUCAUCAUCAGAAAACUUUCAACAAGGAUCAAAUACCAAAAAAACUGUUCAUGAACUUGAGAAAACACUUUGCGUUUUAAAAAGAAUCAUUGAGAAACUUCAGUCUGAAAAUAAACGUCUUAAAUCUAAAAAUAGUCACCGCUUAACGCAACAGACAAAAAUAACAACUAGAGAUAGUGAAUCGUCUUUAAGAAAACAAUAUGAAUUAUCAAAGCAACGUAUAGUUAGUUUAGAAACUGAUUUACAAUUAUCAGAGCAAAGAAUAAUUAUGCUCGAGAAAAGUUUACAAUUUUCUGAUGAUGGAAAUGGAGAAAUUCAAGAAUUAAAAUUACAGGUUGCUCAUAAAUCUGAACUAUUGGAUAAAGUUAAAAAUCUAUUGACUAGAGCUGCAAUUAAUGAAAAAGCUCUUCGACAAAAGGUACAACAGUUGGAAAUGAGACAAACACUCAGUACAAUACCAGAAUGUUGUGUGACGCCGACAAAUAAUUAAUUUAAUUAUGUAAUAUAUAUAUAUAAUUGUUAUAAGUAUUUAAUUUAAUUGAUUAAAUAAAAACAGUUCCGAUUUUUUAUUCGCUAAAUGUAGUAGGGGCAUUCUAUUUUAAAAUUACACCCCUAGAAAACAAUUGACAAUAUAAGACAAUUUUUAAAUAAUUAUUUAUUCUAUUUAAUUAAAUCAAAUUAUAAACUUUACGGAAAUAAAAAAUUGAAUAUUUAAGCUUCCUUUCGACAUAGAUUUUGUCAAAAUCGGAGACAAUGUGUUUUGAGAUAUUUAGAAGUUUAACUUUCAAACUAAAUUUUUUAUACUAAUUAAAUAUACAUUUAAAAAAAAAAAUUUUACAAUAAUAAUGUUUAGAAAUUUCUCUUUCGAAACUACUCAU